AUGACUGGCGCAGGAUGGUUCUUCCUACUCCUCUUCAUCCUCCUCUUAGUCUACGGCGGCUGGAUCGGCUGGCGCAUCUGGCAAGCCCGUAAACGCGGCGAACGUCUCCAAGGCUGGAAGGCAUACGUCCCAUUCAUGUCCUCAGCCUCCACUGGCAGCGGCACAAACCACCCAACACCUCGUUCCGCCAACCCGCUCGAAUGGGUCAAGGACAAAUUCGACAGUUUACGGAACAAGCGCUCGCAAACGGGUGGGUAUGAAGAUACCAGGCCGAAUGAGGGCGCGUAUCAGGGAUUGAGUAGCAGUGGUGGUGGACGAGCAAGAGGAAGAGGAGGAUUAGAGGAUGAUCCGUGGGAUAGUCGUGUUGGAGGACGGGAUGAUGAUCCGUAUGGUCCGGGGAUUGGAGGGUACAAUGAGGAAGCUGAGUUGGGUCUUGCGCCGACACCGGGCCCGAGUAAUGUAUAUAGUGGUGGGGACUAUAUGCGCCAGGAUACGGGUUAUGGUGGUGGUAGAGGCAGAGAUGCUGGAAGUCACCUUGAUCCAUUUGCCGACUCGAAUCGGGCGCCGAGCUUGAGAAGUGUGAGUCCCAGACCCGAAUUGGGAGUGAAUACAGCUGGACACAGGAAGAUGGAUAGCGAGGAGAUCUCGACGAGUCCGAUCAGUACGAGAAAGAGCGCGUUCAGAGAGGAUAUGAGCUAG